GUCUGCUAGCUUCAUGUUAUAUCUGGGAUCUGUGUUCUGGUGUUUAAGAGACGAAGGUGCUGCAAGUUUGUGUGAUUAUUACCUGAGACUUUUUUCACUAAGCAGGUAAAAUAGCCAAUUUGCAAGUCCUCCCUGUUUAUUUUUAAGGUCACUGAAUGAUUCCCAAAUGUUAGUUUUGUCCACAAUGUGGAUGCUUUUGUCUGCUGGAUCAUAUUAACAGUCUUGUAAAAUCUAAGGAGAAAGGUGUGACUGAAGAUGGUGUGGUGGAGAUCGUUUAUCAGUCUGUACUGUUGUCGAUCGAGUGCACCUUUCCAGCUAUUUCUGUUCACAGUGGUCACAUUUGGUGUGGUCCUUCCUGUUGUCUGCCAUAGGCUGCUGUAUUCCUACUAUUACCUGAAGAAAUGGUACCUAAGCCCCAUGAGUCAUGACUUCCUGAAAAAGAACCUGAAGGAGGCAGAGGAUGCUGUUCAGUACUUUCAAAGAAUGCACCCAGAAAUACUGCAGAGUCCAAAAGCACAGGACGAACGUUUCCCAAAGCCAUGGUUGGUGGUCACUGUGGUAACAGUCCAGAGGAAGGCUGAGUAUCAUUACCUUAUGCAAGUGGUUGCCAAAUUCCACCAACUUCUCCAGAACUGCAGUCACUGUGGGAGUAAUCGCAUUUUACUCUGCAAUGUUCAGGAGGAGCCAGAACAUAAUGAAGAUGCCAGGGUCCUGAAAAAAUUCUUCCCCACCAUAGAGCGUUUUAAAGACCCCAAAGACUUGCUUGGCUUCAAAGUCAACAGCCAGUUUGAAAAAGAGAAACAGGAUUAUCAGUACUGCAUGAAUAAUACUCUGAGCCGAUUUGAUCCGAAGUAUGUUCUUAUGGUAGAAGAUGAUGCUGUACCUGAAGAUGACAUCUUUAAUGUUCUUCAUCACCUCUUGACCCAGCGAAAGUCUAAGACAAAGCUAGAAAAUGCUUUAUAUAUAAAGUUGUUCCAUCCUGAGAGACUCCAGCGGUAUAUUAAUCCAGAACCUAUGCGCAUCCUAGAAUGGAUUGGAGUGGGCAUGAGUGUAGGGUCCCUUUUAACAUUUCUUUAUUUGAAAAUGUUUAGCAAGCCUGAAAAACUGUGGCAACUUUUCCUUUAUUUCAUGAUAUACAUUAUGCUCCUUGUAGAACUAGUAGGACGUCAUUACUUUCUUGAACUCCGAAGACUAUCCCCUCAGUUCUACAGCCUUGUUCCAGUAACUGAGUGUUGUACGCAAGCUAUGUUAUUCUCAGCACAGUCAGCUCAACGUGCUCUUGGGUACCUAGAUACAGUACAGUGCCAGAGUAGAUUUGCAAAGGAUACAGCACUGUACUCAUUUUUGUGGGAAAGGCAUGAGUAUGCCUUUGUUGUUGAGCCAAAUCUUGUCCGACAUAUUGGACUGUUUUCUACUCUCAGAGGACUGACAAUAGAUCCUAAACUCCUGUAAGUUUAUCAUUGAAUGUGUAUAUAUCCACAUAUGAAUGUGUGUCAUCUCAGAAUUGGCCAUUAAUUGAAGAUGAGCUUCUUAAUGUUCUCCUAGUCAAUACUAGCCCUCACUCUCUGGUCACAGAACCACAGUGAAUCCAGGUCAAUGAUCAUUCCAGAUCUAGUAACCAGUGAGAUUUAACAAAGUGAAUUACCGUGAUACCAGCUAUUGCACUGUAAUUCAAACAGUCCGUCAUACUUCUGCAGGCAGAAUGUGGACAUUUUGUUUUACCCGACCUCACUAAGAUUGCUCAGUUCUAUGAAUACGUAAAAUAAUUUAGGUGAUUACACUUUGACACUGUAUGUUAUCUGUACUUCAUUUCAUUGGAGAGCUCAUUAUGUUUCACUUACAUAUAUCUCUAUAUUUUUCACUAAUUUCUGUGCAUUUCAGGAGUUAUAAUUGUGAGUGAAAACUGUCGAUCUAAUCAGAUGUUGUUCAGAUAUUAUGAAAGUAUAAAUGUUUUCUCAAGUCACAAAUGUGGAAAUUUUAAAUGAUGCAUUUAAGGGACCCUCUAAAGUGGGUGGAAACCUGAAA